GGAGUUGCUGACAGAAAGAGAAAGCAUCGUUGCUGUGCUGGGCUGCAACUACAUCCAACAUUUUCCUACUCCAGGGACUCCGUUUGUAGUGGUGAUCACCUCCUUCCGAAACGGAAGAUCCAGAAUGCUUGGUUUUGUAGUCAUAUUAAAGCUUGAAGUACACACACGCACACAACUUGGCUUCACUUUGGAACACAUGGCUACACUGCUACUGGGAAAUGAAAACAAAGUUUGGGUAACCAAGUUGUGAUCUUGAAAAGGCUAGGUGCCUGGGUUGAAGAUGGACACUGUGCCGUGCAGUUGGAAUGCAAUGAGGGUCCAGGAAUCUUUUGCCCGGAGUAAGACCGCAUCGGACACACUGACAAAGCUGGCCAAACUUGUCGCUCAAAAGCAAGAGCGUCACGGCCAAAACCACGCGGUGCCGGAGAUCCUGCCGUGUGGAUGCACCGAGUGCGGCCGGGACUUCUCCGACAGGGCUGAGUUACUGCACCACCAGCAGGGACAGCAUGCCUUACGAAAGCCUCACCGGUGCCUUUCCUGUGGCAAGGAGUUCUCCCUGCUGUCCUCGUUGCAGCUGCACAAGUGCGUUCGCGAGGCGGCCCCCUGCCAGCUGUGCUGGGGGAAUCCUCAGCUAGGUGCCCCGUGUGCCGCCUGCAAAGCCCCGGACUCUCAGGGUGUCCCGGAAAAAACCCUUUAUCACCAGAACCACCACCACGCUAGCCUGUCCUACGCCUGUGCCCCCUGCGGAAAAGGCUUCAGCCAAAAGCAAGCGCUGCUUCGCCAUCAGCAGGCCGACUGCAGUAAAUCUGCGUCAGGGACCGCCAAGGCUGCCGGCCAUGCCGCCGAGUCCCCGUCGCCCAACUCCCUCCUCUCGGACUCUUCUCCUCCUGACUCUCCCCCUUCAGACUCUCCCCCCUCACGCUCUCCGACCCGCAAUGCCCCCCGUGCCCGGCGUCUUGACAGGACAAUACAGUGCCCGCUUUGCUUCAAGAGCUUUCGCUCAGGAGCAGGCCUUGCCUGCCACCAGCGGUCCUCUCAUCGUAAGGAGUGGAGUGUCUCCAGGUAUCUCCCGCCAAAGGGUGUCAAUAGACGAGGGCCGUCCCAGGCGAAAGGAAGAGGGAAAAAGGCAAACGGCAAAACCAAGCAGAAGAGCCAGCUUCUGUCCUGCCGAACCUGUGAUAUGGUCUUCCUGAGCACCGCCAAGCUGUACCUGCACAGACAAGAGUUGCACAGCCGAGAGAGGGACACGAAACGAGAUCCAAGGCAGUUGAUCAGUAAGCGGAGGAAGGGAGAGACGUACCCGUGUCCAGUUUGCGGUAAGGUUUUCCUGCACCACUUGUCCCUCAAAGCCCACACCAAAAACCACAGUCAAGAAUCCCCUAGCCAAGUUCACCAGGUUGGCAAAGCAGCCAAGGAGCCCAAGACGGUGGAGAAGACGGCAAAAAGGCCUAAAAGCAGCCUAGCGCGGGGGAUGGGUGUGCCACUGGCCAGGGCUGGCAGAGGGAGAUCGAAGAAAGCUCCCACCAAAGAGGAGGAGGGCGAGUAUCCGUGCCCGUCCUGUGCGGAGGUGUUUUCUCUGCAGUCCGCCCUGAAGGUGCACGAGGAGCUGCAUCAGCCGCUGGGGCCUGUGAGACACUGUAGCGUGUGCAGUCAAUGCAUGGGCAUCUCCAAGAAGCCCGGGGCCAAGGUGAGAAAGGCCUACCACUGUGUGCCCUGCCUCAAGGCGUUCAUAACACUGGAUACCUUCCUGCAGCACUGCCAAGACCACCUGGUUCUCAGCGCCGAUGGGGAGGGGGGUCGCUCAGAACGCGGUGACGCCGAAAGCCAAAACUGAGGUCGCCGCGUGCUUCUCUACAACCGCUCGUACUCUGACAGACAGUACUGAGUUCCAAAGAACCCAAAAGAAUACUAUGAGUUUGUGUACAUUUAAACUGUGAUACCACUCACCCGAAAAGCUGUUUGAAUGUAAUUGAAUCAACACGUUAUUCAAGUUGCAUACGUUUGUUUUGCUGUCUGUUAUAAGUUGUUACUAACCAAAAGGGGUUGAUUGCGGAAGCAGUGCAUCCAACUUUAUAUUUUUCACUUUGUUUCUUGACUUAGACAUUUAUGUGAUUAUAUUUCAUCACCAAUUCUUAACACAUCAUAAUGCCAAUAUGGUUGUAAUUUCAUUAAUAUAUGUGAAAACUAACUUAGUUUUGCUGCAGCAUUAAACCAAUUAUUCCUUUUUAGUUUUGUAAACACACCAACUCAAUUUCAACUACAACAAAUAUUGGCUGCAAUAUUUCACUGCACUGUUCCAAAUAACCUUUCGGAGGGUGUGCAAAAUAUCAGAAACGCGUAAUAACAUAUGAAAACCUCAUAUGGAGUAGGGCCACCCUUUGCCUUUGGGGGUGCUCCAAUCCUUUCUGGAAUGCUGUCAUUCAAGACCCCAACUGUGUGAAGUGGGAUAUUGCACCAUUCUUCAAAAAGAAAAGCCUUUCAACUCUAAUAGAUGGAGGUGGAAGUCGACUUCACAAUUUGUGAAGCUCACAACGUAUAGUUUUUAUUGAGUAUGAGUCACAGAGGUGCUGAUUCAGUUCUGUUGUCAUUUUUUAGGCUGGGCUUUUGGGGCAUUAAGCAACUAUCCUAAGUGUCUGUCAAUCCCUGUCAGUCAGCUUUGACUUGCGACCACUGUUUCUCUUUGCCAAUGCAAUUUCUCCAGGUUCAGCAUAUGCUGUCAGGAUUUUUGAGAUUGUUCCCCUUUACAAAUCGCUUAGUUUUGCAGUUUUUGUGAUCUAUGCACAUGCAGGUCCGGCAUAGAUUAUUUGGCCUCUUGGGAACUCUGCUAAUUGUUAGACCAGUUUUAUAGCUGAUCUCUGCAGCUGCAGUUGUACUUGGGAUUUAGUUACUUCAAAGUAACAUUUCUAUGUGGUGUUUCUGUUAUUUUGGAUACCCCCCUCGUAGUUUCAAAACACUUUAAAUAAUUUGUUUACAUAACGUAAAAGGUUAAAUGUAUAGGGAUAUUGUAUUCUAUAAUCACAGGUUGAUUCACUGGUUUUGAUUUUAUGAGUCAUUAUAUGUGAAGACCAUAUUUUCAUUUAACAUGAUAUUUCUUUUAUUUUUUUACUCUUGAUGACAAUGUACUUUUAAGUGUGACACUGUUUUAGAUUUCAUUUCAUGAUUACCUCUCCACAUCUAUCUGUUUUUGUCUGAGAUAUUCCUGAAGCCAGUUAAGCCUGUCUUGAUAAUGUGACUUAAUCAUCUUCUUUGGAAGAAGAUUUGUCUUGGAUAUUAUGAUACAAAACAAGCAAAGAUGGCACAUUUCCUACUGUUGUUUAUUAGUGACUGGUUUUCUGCACCUAAAAUAAUGUCAUUUCCUUUAAAUAUAUAUUUUUGGGGGGUUUGUACUUUGAAAAGUGCCUUUGGUAUCCUUAGGGUCAAUAACAGCAGCCUAUCUUUUAGAACAUAAUUAAAAGAGUUCUCCAAUA